GAUGUUCCCUGUGGGACACUGCAGGCUGGGAUUCCCCGAAGUGCACAUGACGCCUGGAACUGCUCUUGGCAGGGAUCCGGAGGGCUGGCCCUAGUCUGCACAGGGAGUACAGCCCUGCUUCCUUGCUUGGAGAACCGCUGAAAAACCUGGCAGACGUGGCUGUGCGGCCCCUUGGCACACACCACUGGCACGGAAACCCCAGCUCUUCCCCGAGAGCACAGGGCACCUCUCGCUGGCUGACUGGAGAGCAGCACCAGGCCUUCCUCAGCCACUCACAUCUCCUCCUGCAUCCCCACCACGGGGCCAUCAAGGCCACCAAAGGGCUGGGGAGAGGACUUGCCACUGCAGGCUUGGCUCUGGGCUGGCACUGCCCAGGAAGGCUGGCACAAUGCACAAGGCAACCCCAUCUCCUCCAGGACUGCUCCUCCUCACAUCCUUCCUCCUGCAUGUGAAAGAGGACCGUGCCAGCCCAACACGGCUGGUCUGUGACAACAGACUUAUCCAGAAAUACAUUGUGGAGGCCAAGGACAUGGAAAAGAGAGUGGGUCAGUGCCAGGCCCUGCCUCCACUCAGCUGCCCUGCAGUGCUGCCCUUGGUGGACUUCACUUUCCAGCAGUGGAAAUCCAAAUCGAACGAGACCAAGCGGCGGGAGAUCCUGUGUGACCUGGCCCUGCUGGUGGGUGCUGCAACAGCGGCCCAGGGCCAGGUGAGCAACGAGUGCGGGGCCAGGCAUCUGAACCAGCUUUACCGACAAGCCAACUCCUUCUUCCUGCUCCUGCAGACCUUCAGCUGGGAGGAAGGACACUGGGAGCCGAGCUGCUCCCCACACUCCAUGGAGCAGACCCACAUCACCAGCAUUUUCCUCACCUACCGGCAGCUGGUACAGGGCAAGUUGAGCUUCUUCUUCUACGACCUGGCCAAGGUCUUGUGCAAGCAAGGACAGGGAGACAGCAGAGACCCUCCAUGCGGGGCCCAGUGAGGCUGCACACAGGGCUCAAAGCGAAGCUGGAGCAAUCCUGCAGGACACUAAGCUGUGUUCUGGGUGCCCAGGAAGAUGCCCACAGGGAAAGGGUUGGCACCUGUUCCUCAAGUCUUCAUCAACCGUGCAGCGCAUGGAGACAAACAGUGACACUCAUGUGCCAGCAGGCACAGGCCCUGCUCCCAUCCAGGCAGGAAUCUCUACUGUGAAUGCUUUUCGAUUAAAGAGCUAUUUUUCUAAA